CAAGGAGAAGCUAGCGUACUCAACGUGAUUAGCGUGAGAUAUUAACAUCCAGCGAGUUGUUAAUUUCCUUACAAUUCAUUUUGCAAUAAUCUUGUGGUAGCAAUGCAUCUAGAGCUGGAGACUUGGACAGCUUUGGUUCUCAUUUUGUGUUUCCUUGGGUUGAUUCUGAAGGAGUCAAUCAUGGGGGGUAAGAGUUCAAAAGGGUCUGAGAGGAGGCAUUUUUCAUCAAAUGGGUCUUCUGGUUCUUCAUCUUCAUGGGAUAAUUAUGGAUACCCGCAGUCACCAUCAUAUCAAUACCCACAACAAAGUCCAUAUCAAACCCCUCUUCACCACCGUGCACCCCCAGCUCCAUUGCAGCAAGACUAUGCACAGCCAAGAAGGAGGUUGGACAGGAAAUAUUCCAAGAUAGCUGAUGAUUACCAUUCACUGGACGAGGUUACUGCUGCCCUAGCACAUGCUGGCCUGGAAUCUUCUAAUCUCAUUGUUGGCAUUGAUUUCACAAAGAGCAAUGAAUGGACAGGGAAGAGGUCAUUCAAUAGAAAAAGUUUACAUCACAUUGGAAGCGGUCAUAAUCCUUAUGAACAAGCAAUCUCGAUUAUUGGGAAAACUAUAUCUGCCUUUGAUGAGGAUAACUUGAUUCCUUGUUUUGGAUUUGGAGAUGCAUCAACACAUGAUCAAGAUGUCUUUAGUUUCCAUUCAGAUGAGAGGUUCUGCAGUGGGUUUGAGGAAGUUUUGUCAAGAUACAGAGAUAUUGUUCCUGGCCUCCGACUGGCAGGACCCACUUCAUUUGCCCCUAUUAUUGAGAUGGCCAUGACUAUUGUUGAACAAAGUGGAGGCCAAUAUCAUGUCUUGCUAAUAAUUGCUGAUGGACAGGUGACCAGAAGCGUUGACACACAGUAUGGCCAGCUAAGUCCACAGGAACAAAAGACAAUUGAUGCAAUUGUAAAAGCCAGCGAGUAUCCCCUGUCAAUAGUUUUGGUGGGUGUUGGAGAUGGACCAUGGGAUAUGAUGAGGGAAUUCGAUGAUAAUAUUCCAGCUCGAGCCUUUGAUAAUUUUCAGUUUGUGAAUUUUACCGAAAUAAUGACGAGGAGUGUAGACUCAAGUAGAAGAGAGACAGAGUUUGCUCUAGCAGCUUUGAUGGAGAUACCUUCUCAAUAUAAGGCAACCAUAGAUCAUGGCAUAUUGGGUGCACGACGGGGACAUUCACCAGACAGGGUUCCUCUUCCUCCACCUAAUUAUGAUAGGGCUUCUUCUAGCAGCAGCACAUCUUUUCGUUCAAACAGUUUUCAACAGAGGACAUCUACAUAUGCUGGCAUCGAUAAUGGAGCUAACACAGAACCAUCUUCCGGUGGCUUAUAUGAUAAUAAGGUUUGCCCGAUUUGUCUUGUUAACGGGAAGGAUAUGGCCUUUGGUUGCGGGCAUCAGACUUGUUGUGACUGUGGAGAAAAUCUCGAAUUCUGCCCCAUUUGCCGUAGCAAAAUCAAUACCAGAAUAAGGCUUUACUAGUUAGCUUUGCUUAUUUUCAAUGGCAAUUGCAUGUAUUGCCAGAACAAGACAAGGCAGCAAAGAGAUGAUCAGAUGAACAGGGUUGGCCUGGAUUUUGAUGGAUAUGUUUCUUGCCUUGUUCUUGUACACAGAACUGCAUUUAACAAUUUUGAACCAAAACAAAUAUGCCAGGUUAGCUGGGAAGACUUGUUUAUAGAAUGAAGUGGCAUUGCCUCAUUGUAUAUAUGAUGUUUGUGAGUCAUGAAGGCUUUAUAUAAGUUAUGAUGUAAACUGCUUGUAACAAAAGUCUGUUAGGAUUGUUUUGAAGUAUACUUUCUUCUAGUCUCUGCAUGAUACAUGUCUUGGUUGCAUUGGAGCAUCAGAAACUAAAUCUGCAUAGUUUGAUUUGAUUUUAUAUGGUUAGCUUAGCUGUAUACCAUCAUGAGCUUGCAUGACCACAGUUAUGGGUGGA